CUGCUGCGGACGCGUUCGGUCAGUCGGGGUCGGGAGCUGGCUGCGGUGACAUGAGUGAGUGGAGUGAGGUGCAGUGUUAGCUUUCUCAAAAACAGGCGCUCGGCCACCACCAUUCCCGUCGUCAGCGAUACCGCAGAGGCUUCGGCCCUCACACCUGCGGCCGACAUGGGACAGAUAGGCCACGAUACGCAUGCACUAUUCAUUGAUGCCUUUCUGCAGAACAAUCGGCUAGAUCACGUGACACAGGUGAUGGGCUACCACCCGACUUACCUGGACAUCUUCCUGCGGACGCAGAACUUCAUCCUUCGUGGGGAUGGACCACUGCCAUAUGACUAUAGGCAUUUCAUAGCCAUUAUGGCUGCUGGUCGCCACCAGUGCAGCUAUCUCAUCAAUCUGCAGAAGCAGGAGUUUCUGCUGCAGGGUGGUGAUCAGAAUUGGCUGAAGGGAUUAUCAAAAAUCCCUCAGAAACUGCGUGACCUGUAUGAUAUCAAUAAAAUCCUGGCCCACAGGCCAUGGCUGCUCAACAAACAUCAUAUUGAGAGACUGACAAAGGGCAAAGACAGCUGGUCCUUAGCAGAGGUGGUUCAUGCCAUUGUUCUUCUGGCACACUUCCACUCACUCUCUAGCUUUGUGUUUGGCUGUGGUGUGAAUGAAGAGUUGGAUCAUGAGGGUAGUCAUCAGACAGCCAACAGUGCUGGUGAGGAUGACAUUCCUCUCAGUUCCUCACCUCGCACUGCAACCAAUACGUCAGGACCAGCAGCUGCAUCGGACAGGGAUGAUCAGUGGCACAGGCCUGUCCCUGUUGCUUCGCCAGUCGACCAAGAGGUGGGCGUGGACACGCUAAUGCAGCGUAUGAAAAGUCUGUCUGAGCGUGCUGAGGAAUUUUCUCAGGAAGAGAAGACUAAGCGCUUUGAGCAUGUUGAAAGUCAAAGUGCUGAACUCUCUCCUGCUACAGAGCCUCAGACACAACUGAAAGCAGACAUUGGUCAUUUUGUGGAGGAUCCAACUUACCUGUACCAGGACUUCGCCCGCCGAGGGGAAGUUUCCAUUCCUACAUUUAGGGUACAGGAUUACUCGUGGGAUGACCACGGUUAUUCACUAGUCAACCGUUUGUACAAUGAUGUAGGAAACCUUUUGGAUGAGAAAUUUAAGACUGCAUAUAAUCUCACUUAUUACACUAUGGGUUGCCGUCAAGAUGUGGAUACAUCUCGCUUCCGUCGUGCCAUUUGGAAUUACAUUCAGUGUAUGUUUGGCAUAAGGCAUGAUGAUUACGAUUAUGGUGAAGUAAAUCAGCUCUUAGAGCGAAAUCUCAAGGCUUUCAUCAAGCUGGCAUGUUGUUUCCCGGAGAGAGUAACAAAGAAAGACUAUGAUAAAGUACUGAGGGAAUUCAAGCACAGUGAAAAGGUGCACGUGAAUUUGAUGGUACUGGAAGCUCGCAUGCAGGCGGAGCUCUUAUAUGCACUUCGUGCUGUGAUGCAGUAUAUGACGUAGGCUCUCUUAAAGUCUGCAGUGACCAAAGACAGGUGUGUGAUAAAAAUGCGUGUGACUUGUGCAGGACCGAAUUAAAUUUUGUUCAGUAUCUGUUACUGUACAUUCGAAAAUACCUUUGAAUUUGCAUUUGAGAUAACCAUUCAGAUACCUACGCUGGCCACAGUGGUUUCUACAUAUGUCUUUCUGUAUUUCAAAUAUGAAACAACUGAUGUAUCACACUGAUGGAGUAUUGUAUCCCAUCCUGCAGCACAACCCUUCCUUACUACACCAAGUUUUGCACAGCACAAACAUAUAAAUGAAUGACUGUGAUCUGUUUCUAGAUGAAAUAUGUUAGCUCUACAUGUAGGUUUGUAACAAGAGUCCAAUCUUCUCACAUUUACUCAACAGCAGCUUUUGAGAUGGAAAGUACCAUUUGAUUAAUAGUACGAAUAUAAUAAAUUUUUUGCAAUGUGAAAAUAUUAUUAGUGUUUUAGCCAUUAGAUCUCUGUAGUUUUAAGUGCUUAAUCAUGAACAUUAGCUUUCUGACCUCAUGAUGUAACAAUUAAAAUCAGUUGCUUGACUCUAACAUGGCUAAAAUACUCAGAUCAAAGUAUCUUAUUGUACUUAGAAGCUGCAUUUAGCAAAAAAAAGUACCGAGCAGGUUGGACUCAUUUUAAUUGUGAGAAUAUAUUUCGAAUUUGUAAGCCCAAGCUCAGAGGAGCUCAUUUAUUGAAUAUUGUUAAAUUGGCAUAUUUACACACCAGAAGAACAGAUUUUAAAAAUUGUAAAACAAAUAAUUAUAUUUGCUUCAGUGAAGCUUUAUGUGUGAAUAGUCACAAGUUAGACUAGUUUUAUGUUAUUGUUGAUAUGUGAAGAUUUUGAAUGAUUUAAUGUGCUUUUUAUGCCCAUUGUGCACUGAGAAUAUAACAGCAUUUUAAUGUGAUUGUUAAUGUUGAGAUGUUCAUUCUCAUUUGCUGUAAUGGUCACAGUUGCGCUCAAUCCUAAAGAAAUUGUUUUGAAUAACAGCCCACCUGAUGCAUUAUGCACCUUGGAUCUCUUAACUGGUAUUUUGUUACCUGACUUUACGGACUGUGCAAGGGAAACCAAAUAUUCUCAUUCUCUCUCUCUCUCUCUCUCUCUCUCUCUCUCUCUCAUACACACACACACACACACACACACACACACACACACACACAACCUUUCAGUAACUAUUGUAUUACUCCCAGUAGCAGAACAUAUUGUACAAGACACUAACUUAACUUUCCUCUCUAAACCCAAAAGAAGUUUGUUUCUUCCUUGCACAUUCCAUGAUAGUUUUUAAAGUUAAUGGUUUUUAUCAGAUAUUGUGUUGUUGAAUUGAAACGUUCUCAAGGUCUACAACAACUGGCUAUUUGAUUUGUAGAUUUGUGAUAGAGGUUCUUUCUUGUCUGCAUUCUGGUCAGUCAGUUAACAUCUGUGUACUUGCAGGCUCUCUACUCAUAGCAUGAUCACAGUAUUAUGGUAAUAAUUAUUGUAAUUCAUCUGCAACACGAGACUUCAAUUACAGUGAAUAUAAAGAAAAUGUGUUUUUAA